AAGAGUUCAAGCCAAGCGCAUUGUUCAUACAACUGACGUAGUAGUCGGUUUGCUUACAGCAGUAGUCACUCCCUGAAUUAGGCUGAAAGCAAAGAAACUAUCAAAUUUUAGCUCCGCACCGUUCAUUGCGUUGAUGACCCCAGCAACGCAACACUGUGCAGCGUUGGCUGACACCAAAGAUGUACAGCGGGUCUACCGUCUGCACAAACUCGUGGAAAGUCUACAGCAAGCAGCACUUUGCGCUGGCGCGGCAUGCCAUCGAUAGGGAUGAGUCACAGCGACCCCACCAGCCGGUCACUAGAACACACGAAGCGGAUUUGCUUGCGAAGAACGCACUCACGCCGGCACAAAGUGUGAGAGGCCACGGUCAGCGACUAUCGAUUCAUUGGUAUCCUGGAGCUGAAGCCUGAAAAGCGAACUCCACUCUACCGUAAUCAGCUCUGUCGGCGUUGACAAUCGCCCGACUGACUCGAGACAACUGAUGUCCAAGCCAAGCACGGUCACGCAGCCGCGCCGACGCAGAGCAAGCUAGCGAGGGCACAACACCUCUCAACUCCGCUAGGCCACAUAGCGAGCUACCAGCGCUCGCGCGACCGGGUGCGGGCUAACGCAUGCGCACUUUGUCCCGCGGGAAAAUCGUGCCGGGAUCUCGCAGUGCCACAUGGUCAUGCUGCAAAAACUGAGGAGUUCGGUCAGUCGUACUCGUACUGUGACGAAUCCACAUUCGUGACUGACGAAAUCGUGGUCCAUCCGUACCGUGUUGACUGUUGUGGGUUCGCGACAACAACUGGAGCCCCGCUUUUAAUUCGCAGAACUAUUUUAUACCUACUGUUUCUUGUGCAUGGAUCAUUCUGUUCGUGUCCUCAAUGAUAAUUGUGAGGCAACUCUCGUUCCAAUUGCAGAGCAGCUUCUUCUGUAGAAUUCACUUCGUUGUCCCUGAACAGUGAAAUAAUAAUUGUCUUGGUGAAGCUAAUGAUUCAAUAUUGAACAUUGCAAGGAAAUUUAUAUCUAUGCUACUGCUAUCUGCAUCACCCAUUUAUCCUCGCUGUGGUGAUACGACACUACCAUGAUUCAGAGGAGAUGCUGACCAGGAGAGCCACGUUUCCACUGUAGCUCUUCUCACGGCCUCCGAAAAAUGCUCUCUGAACAAUGCCGCAGCUUAUAACGCUGUGUGACUAUUUGUCGUAUGAGACUUCUCGGUCCUCUUUGACCUUUGCCGAGCCAAGGGUGAAGGACCUGAUUUUGGAUUCUCAAAAUUCCACUUUCACGGAGCAGGCUGGCUUCUGCGGCAUGCAGAGGACGGUUCCUGCGUUUGCAGUUGGGUCAGUGGUGUCCGACUUGCCCCAGGAGAGUCGGUAUGCCACGACAAUGCAUCAGGCUGAAAUCGUGUCAGCACGACGAGUGGCAGGAGAGCAGCAUUUGAACACUGCUGUAAACCACUUACUGGUGAACGGCGAGGUGGACUCAGGAAACGACAUUGUGGAUGUGGAGAAUGGCGUAUGUAGCACUGGUGCUAGUAGUAGUGAUGGACAGAGCAGUACUGAUGCCAAGUAUGGUGACUAUAACCUAGUUCAACAUGAAAUGUUGAAUGACCGUUACUAUGUGGUGGAGUUCCUGGGUCGUGGCACGUUCGGUCAAGUUGUGAAAUGCGUUGACAAAACGACGCAAGACUAUGUUGCCGUGAAGAUCCUCAAAAACCACCCGUCGUAUGUACGUCAGGGCCAAGUGGAAGUCAGCAUUCUACGGGCUCUGAAUGUGUUCUGUGCCGACAGGUACAACUUUGUGCUAUCUAGUGAGUGGUUCUCACACCGUGGCCACUCCUGCGUUGUGUUUGAAAUGCUGCAACUCAACCUGUAUGACUUCCUGAAGCAGAGCAACUUCCAACCGAUGCGGUUGCAGGCGAUACGACCCAUUCUUCAACAGGUCGCCACUGCACUGUGCAAGCUAAAAGAUCUGUGCAUCAUUCACGCUGAUCUUAAGCCUGAGAAUAUCAUGCUUGUUGACCAGGACCGAUUGCCAUACCGCAUCAAAGUCAUCGAUUUUGGCAGUGCCCUGCAUUCGUCCAAGGCGGUCAGCUCCACAUACUUGCAAAGCCGGUAUUACCGUGCGCCCGAGGUGAUCCUAAGUCUGCCGUUUGCCGAGUCCAUUGAUGUCUGGUCGUUAGGGUGUGUUAUUGCGGAGCUCUUUCUUGGCUGGCCACUGUUUCCAGGAGCUUCGGAGUACAUGCAGAUGAAGUACAUAGUCGAAACUGUGGGAAUGGUGCCUCCGUGUAUGAUUGAGGAGUCGGCCAAGAGGCGGAAAUUUUUCCGACAGAAUUUCUCCGGCUGGAUGCUGAACCCAAGUCAUGGCAAUGGUGACGAGCCAAAGGAGGCACGGAAGUACAUUCUCCACAGCCUAGCUGACAUGACUGGCAUUUCUCUUCCGCAGGGCCUUGAUGCUGCCGAGCAGGAUGUGGAGAUAGCCGACAAGGAAGAAUUUGUGCGCCUGCUCCGGCACAUGCUAACCAUCGAUCCGAUGGCGCGUGUUGAGCCUGCCAACGUUCUCAAUCAGCCGUUCCUGACUGGCUCUCAUCUGGCAGCACUUAGCAACGCAAGCCAUGCUCACCAGCGUGCUGUUCAGAUGGCCUUGGAACCCAUGGCGGUCUGUGACAAGCCCACCGCCACUCAUCGCUUUUGUCCUGUGCACAACAAUCGUACACAUCACCAUCACCAUCACCACCACCAGCAGCAACAACAGCAACAGCAGCAUACUGUGCAGGUGCAGUCAACCAGCGUGGCUACUGUUCUCACGCCCAUGCAGUCACCACAGACUCAGUUGACCAUAACUCACUCUCCGGUAGCCCUGCCAACUACUGCUAUGGAUCCGAUGACGCAGGCGCGUAACUUAGUCUUUCAACGCUUGAACGGUGGCCAGGUGUUCCUCAACACGCCGACGCAUACGUGUCGUGAGAACGUGCAUGCGCCCAUCGUACCCAUGCCACUACGGGUGCCGUACUGUGUAGACGCACCGCCUCAAGUGCUGCUUCCUACCUUACCUGGCUACGUUGACACGAGCAAUGUGGGCAAUGAAUCUAUGCCGGCGGCUCUGAUAACAUUACCUGGUGGGCCAGCUCUACUGCCUGCGGGCGCUGCCGCUACUACCGUGCAGGACUGUCCGGUCACGACGCAUGCUGAUCCCACCAUGACUGAGUGGACGAGCGUGUCGCGGCCGGCCUGGCCAGUGGCAUCGAGCAUUCCCAACACUGCCUACGUUGGCCAUAUCAGUUCGGUGGUGUCCAAUGUUCCCAUGGCUGGUGACUCGACAGUUGUGUCGCUGGCGAACUCCAUGUCUAAUUUAAGCCAUGCUGGCGCUCACAACAUGAUUGCAACUCGAGCCCAGCCACCGCCGUAUGAAGAGCAGUCAUCCAUGUACCACUUUCCUUCGGAGAUGGUGUAUGGAUCAUCUGCGCGCAGCUCUGGUUCAUCUGCGCCUGAUCACUCGCGUGGUGCCAGUCCCAGCGACUGGCAAGACCUACCACUUGGAGCUCCCAGCAGUCGGCAUGGUCAUGAGGUUGCAUACUCAAACAGAUCUGCCAAGUAUUUCAGUCCCCAGUACAGCUGCAUUGAAUCUUCUCAAGCCUCUGAUGUUUACGCCAUGGAUCCAUCAUCUGUCCUGUUGCACCGCAACCUGUCAAAGAGCUUCAGCAGCGGCACUGGCAGCAGUCGUCUGGUCAAGCAGCCGCGUGGCAGUUCGGAGAAAGUCCGUGUGGCGGGUUCUCGCUCGCGCUUUCUGUCUCUGGGCAACACGCCGCCUGGUGGCCUGCACUCGCACCCCAUCCAGCAGGUGAUGUCAUCAGAGGUGCUGGACACGUGUAAUUAUGAGCCGUCGUCUGCGUCUUCUUUUGUCACGUGUCAUCAGCACCAGCAUUCGGCUGCAUCAACCGGUGUCUACUCAUCCAGUUCCUCUACAUUAGAUCAAGUGCUGGACAGAACAUUUCGGCAGCAGUUCCAGCCAACAAUGAUGGGCAGUGACGGUGCUAGGCAUGGACUCGAUGCAGGUCUUCCUGUCCAUCACCAAAGAACGCAGUCCUACACCGGUAGCUCCCUGUCGAUGUCCAAUCUACAGUCUGUGCCGUCUCCCGACUCAAUAGGUCCUGUUCAGCAUCAGCAACAGCAUCAGAACUUGGCCUCGCCGUUCAUCACGCCACUGAUCACCGGCGUUCCCGUUGCGGCGGCUUCUCUAAGCGGAACCCUUCACACACCACUCAGUGCCCCGGCCAUUGCUGGACCCCCGCAGCCGAUGUUUGUGUUCCCAUCCAAUCCCGUCGCUCCGAAUGAAGUGUUGUUAACCGGACCGCCAUCAGCUGUGGCUUAUCAGUCGCCUACCCUGUCGAGUGUUGGACCCAUGUAUUCAUCAACCGCUCAUCAGCAACAAGCCCUGGGGGCAGCACGUACAGUGGUUAGACUGGAUCCCUACCAGGCAAUGCGCACAUGAUCAUGCCUGCUUUCUACUAGCAUCUUGCUGUUCCGCUUCUCACGCUCUCGCACAUAUGAUGAUGAUGCCUGCUGGCAUCUCAUUCCACUUCUCUCGCGCAAUGCCCUGCCCUGCCUGUGCACUUGUGUGCGCAGUAUCUCCAGUGAUUGUACCAGUGAGUAGCUACACUAUUGAGAUCAGCUGCAUCUGUGGUAGCAAUGCACCGUGCGCUCACUCCGAUGUAGUGCUAUUGACGGCUGAAACACCGGCACUGCAUCCACACCGCUAUCCAAUCACAUGACAUUGAUCCUUCGCGGGGAGCUUCGCGCAAUGAGUGAUUGUUGUCUCAGCUGCAACCCUGCUGCUUUAUGAGGACGCUUAUCUGGCGACAAAAAAAGCUCCGCGCUCGCUUUCUAGAUGGCCGGACACUAAUCAUUGCUAACCUGGCUAGCAUUGUCAAAGACACUCACGCCAGUACUCUUGUGGGUAUCUGCGAUGUUCAGCACGACUCUAGACCGUCCGCUAUGUUGAGUGAGAACUCCUUGGGUUGAGGCGGUUAGAUAUUUCCCCGAAAUCAUCGUUUAUUCCUGGCCCGUGGAACUCUUUACUUGACCCAUUGAUUUAUUUACAUUCACCCUUUAUCAGCUUUGUCACUUAAUGCGUAUGCGUGUUUUGUGAUAAAGUCGUUGAAAUAGUGCAGCAAAUCUGUUUUGUUUUGCUUGCUCUCGGUGUUGCCUUAAUUGUAACGUUUGACUGCAGGUACAGUCUACGUCUUGCAUCGGUAUAUAUGCCUUUGCACUCUCAUCUUGCCCAUCUUAUAUUACUCGGUGUGAAGUCUUGCUGCUUCUAUUACCAGCCAUUGGGUUUAUCUGCCCAUGUGUUACAGCCCCAGGUUACUCGCAUAUGCUUACCUACUUAUUAUGUCAUUCUUUAUUCAUCUUUCCCUGUACCCCCCCCCCCCCCCUCCUGUCCAAGUAUCUGCGUUAGCAGUUAGCCUGUUGAUAUUUGAGUAUUCGUCCCAACCGUUACUUGCAGGAUUGUUAGUAUUUAUGAUGACCUUACCACCGGCCCUUGAGGUCCACCCUGGACAGAUGCUGGACCGAUUGUGUCUUCCCCUGUCUCCGCCAAUGUCCGUUGCUGUAGUUGUUCACUAGCGAGACUCUGUUUCGUUAUUUGGCUGUCAGUAUGAUGGUGUGAUUGAGCGUUUUGUCAUGUGCCCUCGUUCCAAGCUCUGGCACCAGAAUAAAUUUUCCUUCUGCCUUUUCUACUGUCUUUGUCAAUCUUUCUACUCCCUCUCUGCAUGUUACCUUCCUUGCAGCAAUGUUGAUUCUUACUAUUCAGAUUUGGAAAAUGAGAAAAAAAACUGGUGCCUCAA